AGUCAAGAUCACAGCAUGAUAUGCAUUGUCUGCACGGAUCCCUGCUCAUGAGCAUGACACGAUAGCCAGACUACACAUCAAGAUGUCGACCAACAAAGGCAAUGCGGCCAAAGAGACGCGACAGAGCUCAGACAAUUCUGACCGAACACUGGCUGAGACGAAGGAAGACAAAGAUCCCUUCCUUGUCUCGUUCGCAGACGACGACCCCGAGUCACCGCUCUCGUGGCCAGCAUGGAAGCGUUGGUCUAUCGUGCUUAUCAUCUCCAUGGGCGCGACUUGCGUCACUUGCGCAUCCAGCAUGGUUGCAUCUACCUACACGGCAGUCGAGCCAGAGUUUGGCAUCUCUGAAGAAGUCGCUACGCUCUCUUUGUCCUUGUUCGUCUGGGGCCUCGGUAUCUCGCCACUGUUCCUCGCCCCACUAUCGGAAACCUACGGCAGGCGUCCAAUCUACCUGAUCUCAUUCGCGCUAUUCCUGCUGUUCAACAUUCCAGUCGCUGCCGCCCACAACGCAGCAACAUGGCUCGUCGGACGUACAUUGACUGGCUUGUUCGCCGCGCCUUUUCUCAGCGUGGCAGGCGGUAGCGUCACAGACAUGUUCAGUGGACCCAAGACUGGCCGGCCGAUGGCGAUCUUCACUGCGUCACCCUUCAUAGGUCCGGCUGCGGGUCCCAUCUUGGCGGAUGCCAUCAACGCACAUCAGAAUUGGCGUGUGACAUGGUAUUUCAUGCUUGCUUGGGCUGGAUUGCAAUUUGCAGCGCUCGUCUUCUUUGUGCCAGAGACCUAUGCACCGGCAUUGCUCGUCAAGAAAGCAGCCCGAUUGCGCAAGCAGACUGGCGAUGAUAGAUACCAGGCCCCUUUAGAUCGACAAGAAGGCUCCAUCAUCAAAGAGGUCUUCAUCUCUUGCGCGCGUCCCUUCCAGCUGCUUGCCUACGAGCCCAUGUGCGCUCUACUCUGCAGCUGGACCGCUCUCCUCCUUGCGAUCUUGUAUGUCUUCUUUAGUGCCUACAACAUCGUAUACAUGGACGUCCACGGCUUCACCCUACAAGAGACCGGCUUCACUUUCUUCGGCCUCUUGCUCGGCGUCAUCCUCGGCACCGCGACUUCGCCCAUCUUCGAGACACUUUAUAGACGCUCCGCACAGCGGUUAGGUCAUCAGCCGCCCCCGGAGAUUCACUUGCGUAAGGGCAUGGUGGGCGGCCCACUGCUCACAAUUUCCCUCUUUAUCUUUGCAGUCACAACGCAUGCACACCCUGCAAUCAGCAUAGUCUUCAGCGUACCAUUUGGUGCCGGCGUUGUGCUCGUCUUCAGCUCGGUUUUCACGUAUCUCACCGACGCUUACAGGCCUUAUGCUGCGUCUGCUCUGGCGAGCAACUCUGCGACCAGAUCUGCCUUGGCAGGCGCGCUGCCGCUGGUUUCCAAUCAGAUGUACCAUCGUCUCGGCACCAUUGGCGCGACGUGUCUCCUGGCUGGUCUCACUGCCUUGGCAGUGCCACUGCCGUUCAUCUUUUCGCGCUAUGGCGCUCGGAUACGCAAGAACUCACGCUUUUCGUAAUGCGCACUCUCUGUAACGUGAGCAAAAUGUAUUGAUGUACAAAAGCAUGUGAUAGUCUAUACAGUCCAAUAUAUAGUGUUCAAGUACAGCCAUUAGCAAAGAUCAUCAGAUGCCGGGGUCUGGGCGAGCGUGGCGGGUCAGUGCCGCUGACAGCUCUUGCAGGGAUACCGGUUUUCUGCAUAGGCAAGCGCAUCAGUAGCUGCAUUGACGGUCGAGCGUAGAACCCACGUCAAGAAGUCGUCCAUGCCGACUGCCUUGCAUGCAGUCUCGGACUCUGUCGUCACGUUUGCUGUCAACGCGAGAAUGGGU